UCAACACCCACAAUCUUUUAAAAACAACACCGUCUUCAUUUUCGCCGUCGCCAACAUGGAGGUCCACUCGGAUUCUAGCGAAUUCAUUCAUAUAAUCGAACGCCAGAAGCAGACACUCCAAAAAGCCAGAAGUAGACAAGGUCAGCGUCCCAGCGAUCGAAAGCCAAAAGAACACAUGUACAUCGAAUUUAUGAUGGUUCUUAGGAACACCACAACAGCAGAUCGGGGAGACCAAAGUAAUUUGAUCCAUUCAUCAUUCAUUCCCCCUGCAUAUCUCCCUUGCACCACACCUCUCGCACAGCUUACGCCUAUGUCAAUUAGGCAGCUUAUGCUCGAAACGCAUCACCGAGGGAAAUAUCUCUUGCUUCGAGCAAUCGCCCCCCCAAAUCGUAUGACUGCUAUCAUUGUACUUGCUGAAGAUGAAAGCGAGGAUGCUGUUGUGCUGCAGCUGUAUCAACAGGAGGAAGAAAACAUCCGCCAAGCCACUGAUGUCGUCAACGUCGGCACAACGCUGCUAGUCAAGGAGCCAUAUUUCAAAAUCAUGGCUUCGGGCGACUAUGGCCUACGCGUGGAUCACCUCUCUGACAUUGUAUACGUUGACAGGGGUGAUCCCAUCCUACCCAAGAGAUGGAAUCCACCCAUGUCUGAGGCCGAGCAGUCAGCUGAAAUAUCGAAAUCCAAGGGCGACUCUGCUGUGGGUGCAGGGAACUACUGGAAAGCUAUCGAGGAAUAUUCGAGAGCGAUGAGUCGAAAAACGACAUCGGAAAGGAUCAAGAUCAUCAAACGCAAUCGAUCACUUGCUUACCUCAAGACGAACCACUAUGACAGCGCUCUCUCCGAUACAGGCUUCCCCGACUUUGGACCAACACCAGCCGAAAAGGCAUUGUUCCGAGCCGCCGAGGCUCUUUACUUCCUUCAACGAUUCGAUGAAUGCAACCGUGUAUUGAAAACACUCUGCACAGAGUUUCCCAACAACAAACAAGCAAAAGCCAUCUUUGAUCGUGUUCAAAGCCGCCGCACGGAAGUCAGCAGUGGGAACUACAAUUUCGGACUCCUCCAGAAGGAGGCAAAGAAGCUGCAGCCUCCACAGUUGGACCACGCCACAUACAUGGGACCUAUAGAAAUCAAAGAAUCAGCGGGAAAAGGUCGCGGAAUAUUCGUGACCAAACCUGUGAAAGCUGGUGAGCUGCUUUUAUGCGAGAAGGCGUUUGCCCAAGCAUAUGUUCCUGAGACUGGCGUUGGCAAUUCCAGGCUCACUCUACUGGUCAACAUUGAGGCAGGCCGUUCAUUCAUGGGUGGUCAAGCUGAUCUCAUCAAGAUCAUCGUGCAGAAGAUCUACCGUAACCCAUCUCUCGCUGCAACUUUCACCGCAUUACAUCAUGGAGAUUAUAAAACGGCAAGCACGACCAGUGUCGAUGGACAGCCUGUGGUUGACACCUUCCUCGUAGAGAAGAUCAUGGGGUUCAACGUCUUCGGUUGCCCGCUGUCUAGCCUGGAGACCCACAAAUCCACCGCUGCCAACGACUCCAAAACCCAGGCCGCUUACCACUCCUGCGGAAUCUGGACUCAAGCUUCGUACAUCAACCACAGCUGUAUGCAGAACGCCCGUCGCUCCUUCAUCGGCGACAUGAUGAUCGUACGCGCGACCCGAGAUCUUCAGCCUGGGGAGGAGAUCACGUUCUGGUACCACAUGCCUUCCGGUGAACCUCUAAAAGCUCAGGAGAAGCUUAAGAAUUGGCAGUUUGUCUGUGACUGUGCCAUUUGCCAGGAUGACGCAACAACGGAAGCUACCGUGCAUGCUGAGAGAAAGAAGCUCCUCAAAGAGCUGCAGCAAGUAUUUCAACCAUCUCCUCAGCAAAACUUGAAGCUAGGCAAAGCCAAGCGUCUUCUCAAAGCUUUAAAUGACACCUAUCAGCGUUCCAUGGAUGAGGUGCCCCGUCUUCUGGUCUGGGAUCCGCAAGCACUGUUGACGCGCAUAUAUCUGGUGCAAGGCAAGAUAGAAAAAGCGUUGGGGUCUUUCCAGCAGACUCUUUCUCUCCUUGGUUUCUCUGUAGCUGGUGCAGAUUGUACGCCCGAGCCGUUCAGGAUUGUGAGGUGGGGCUUGUUUGUUGAUCACCUGAUUGAAGCAUUCCUGCAAGCAAGGGAGGCCUUCAUGGCCAUCGGGUCAUGGGGUGACUCAGAGACUGCGAGAGUAUAUGCAAAGGUCGCAUUCAAGAUAGUGGUUGGCGAAGAUGGUGCAUUUGAGUCGAUGUAUGGUGAGUAAGGAGACUUGCACUUCAUCCAAUUCGGUAGUCCCGAAUCUUCAUUUUAUCUUGAGCGGGCUGGAAGAGCUAAAAUUUGGAUCUGAAAGGACAAGUAACGGCUCUUUGUCAUGUGUAACAUGCUAUGGUCCAGACGUCGUUUCCGCCGAGGACUCAUGUUCACCUUCGAUCAUUGAGUUGGCCUGUAUCACUUCCCAGUCAUGGUCUUGGUGUAUAUGACGUAGAAGCGAGAUACACAUGAAGCAAUAAUCCCAAUCAACACAGGUACGACACCGGAAGCGAGUGCCGUAUAUUACCUAGA